GGCCUCCCCACCCACUUCUGGCCGCCUGACAUCAUUUCCUACUCGGCUUCCCACCCCUUCCAGCGGGAGAGGACGGGGCUGGGCUAGAAACUCCGCUUCCUGCUCGGGAGAGGCGGUCCCCGCGCCUGCAAAGAGGAUCCCGAGUAGGCAGGGGCUGGCCGGGAGCGCUGGGCCCAGCAUGGGGGUCACCUGUGUAUCUCAGAUGCCAGUGGCAGAGGGGAAGAGUGUCCAACAGACGGUUGAAAUCCUGACAAGGAAACUGGAGCUGCUCGGAGCAGAGAAACAAGGAACGUUUUGUGUCGACUGUGAGACCUACCACACAGCUGCCUCCACCAUGGGCAACCAAGGGCAGGCUGGCAAGCUGAUGUAUGUGAUGCAUAACUCCGAAUAUCCCCUCAGCUGUUUUGCUCUCUUUGAGAAUGGCCCCUGCCUCAUAGCAGAUGCCAACUUUGACAUCCUUAUGGUGAAACUGAAAGGCUUCUUCCAAAAUGCCAAGGCAAACAAGAUAGAGAGCCGGGGAACGCGGUACCAGUACUGUGACUUCUUGGUGAAGGUGGGCACUGUUACCAUGGGGCCCAGUGCCCGUGGCAUAUCUGUGGAGGUGGAAUACUGCCCGUGUGUGGUAGCCAAUGACUGCUGGAACCUGCUAAUGGAGUUCAUGCAAAGCUUCAUGGGGAAUCACACUCCUGGAAUCCCAUCCGUGUUUGGCAACAAGCACGACAGCAUCUACAGCCCAGCUGACUCGAUGGUGCAGUACAUGGAACUGUUCAACAAGAUCCGCAAACAGCAGCAGGUGCCUGUAGCUGGGAUGAGAUGAAAAGGCUUCCAUGAGGCCGUUUGGUUUUGGUUUUUUUGGGGGGGGGGUCCCCUUUACAGGGGCAGUAACCCCUUUCCCGAUAGUCCUCAGAGAUCAGGAAUGCCAGCCCAUAGCUCCUUAGUGCAUUCUCCUCCCUCUGAAACAAAGAAACAAUGCUCAUCUCCCCAGGAGGAGAAUCCACUUUCUUUCUUCACCCACUCUCAGACACAGGUCUGAAAUGUAACGCGUUUUUCCUUUUGUCCUGGUCCCUUAUUCAAUUCAGUACUUCCAGUGAUUUGACCAUUGGCCACUGAGGCUGUUCAGUGCUAUGGAAAUGCUUGAUUUGGGGGAUAGCUCUUCAACCAAAUGGAGGAGAAAGAAGAAACCGCAGCUGUGUGCACACAGGCAAGGGUUAAUUCUUCUCUGUUUGCCUUGCCCGCUGACCGCUAACUGUGAGUUUUCUGGAUACCCCUUGGAAAAUAUUUUGAUACUGUUAAUAAAAAAAAAAAAAAAGCCAUAUUUUCAUGUAAAGUUGCCAAGUCUUUUUAUACACCAAGGAUUGGGAAAUCUGCGGGGCUCCCCUGUUUGUUGAUUUUUACAGAUCUGUUUAGUUUUUCUUUUGUGCUGAGGUUGACUUUGAUUUCUUUUGAGUUUUAUACCCUCAGUACAAACUCGUGUCUUUUGUAGGAAAAUUUCAUUUGGUUUUUGCUGUCUCUUUUUGGGUAUGUUCAUGGUCUGUCAGUCUCUCCUAUAGCUCCUGGAUGGAUUAAAAUCUUUUGUGUCUCAGAUGAUACCAAUGGAUUUGGAAAAAAGAAAAAGUCUGGCAGGGUUCCUCUUACCUGUUGAAAUAAAGCACCUGCCACGCUCUGGGAUAAUGGUACUGUCUCUACACGCCUUUACUGGACAGGAGUCUGACUGAUAUCAGUGGGCUGACAGAACUAAGGAAGGAGUUGCAAAAUGAGGACCAGGGAUUUACUGGAGGGCUUAACUAUGCAAUAUCAUGCAGCCGUGAUUUAUUUACAUGGAAGGGAAGCUGGGGAAAUUUGGUCCCUUUGAACCAUCUGUCUCCUUGGCUCUAAACCUUCAAUAGCUUCCCGGCUGGUGAAUGCGAUUUUCUUCUCUUUAUAUUUUUCGGCGGUGCGCGUUGCCAUUUGCUAAAUAAAUCACAGCCUGCUGUUUAGCCCAGUUCUGCAGCUGCAAGAUUUUUAUGCCACUUGCAUAAAACAAGGAACUUUGCAAGGAACUGCUGCGAGACAAGGAUCUUCUCUGCUUCAUUUCAGAAUUUAGCAUCAUCGUUAAAAUCAGCCCAGACUGCCUGCUCCUGUAAGCAGUUCUCAUGCUGAGCUGCUUUUUGAGGUCACUGGGAAUUCCAUGCCCAGAGGCUUAGCUAGGUCCUAAGCUUCUAAGUUAUUUAAAUUACAUCGCACCAGUUUUUCAGCACAUGACCUGAGGAAGCAGAGUAUAUCAUCCUCUUUAAAAAAAUAAAAUUAAAGUUUCUUGUCCCUCACUCAUCAAUGUAUCUUGCACUGCAGCCCUGAGUUUUAACUGGACAAAAUAGAUGUCUCGUUCCUAAAUAAUUUUAACCUUCCAGGCAUAUUGUGAAAGUAAUGUAUUAGACAAGGUUUGGAGUGUAAGGUUAAGGGUAUUUCCUAAAGGAGUGGGUGAGAAAGGAGGUGUUUUGUUACUCCGAUUUAUUGAUGGGCUGAGAUAACUCAUUAUUUGUAUAUGAUUUUUUUUUUGUUUUUGCUGAAGGGUGAUCAUCGUUUAUGCCUGUAAAUCUAAUUAAUUGUUAGGGUGCCUAGAGCCUUUUUUUUUUUUUUUUUUUUUUGCACGGGCAUUUAUUUAACUCUGAAUAAAUUAAGUUGGUAUUGGG